AUGCCACCUAAUCUCAAAGACGAGGAUGAGGUGAAUGAAGUUCUGUAUUCAUUCAAGGAAUGACGAAUCAUUUACAAUUCAUUGCAUUUACAAUUGCAACUGCGCAUUGUCCGAAUCAGAUAAACUCUCCCCUCCUCCCUAAGUCCAAAGUAG